AUGUCGAUGAGAAGCACUUCCGAGUUACCUUCAAGUUCUAAACCUACUCGCUGGACCAGGCUUCGUAACAAGCUUCGAAACAUGCUGUCGAUGCACCACCGUUCCGUACCCCAGCCUCCCCCUCCGGUUCCCACCUCGGCUCCGCCGGAGGAACUUCUGAUCAACUACUUGGAGCCAGAGCGGGCGAUCAACUGGAACAGAAGCCGAUCGGCUAGGAUUCGUGGAAGUAAGCUGACGAGGUCUUGCCGGUCAUCUUCAGCCCGUAAUAGUAUACACCCAGUAAAACAUGGUAAAAGUUUCUCCAUGGAUCAGUUUCCCAUACCCCAGCAUCUUCCUUCAGUUCCCAGCUUUGCUCUGCCGGUACCGGAGUCAUUUAUGAUCAACUUCUCGGAAUUAGAACUCGAGAAAAAGCCGAUUAAAAGAGAAGCCGGAGGCACGGUAUAUAAAGCCAUUCACAAGCCGACCGGCCGGCUCUUCACCGUGAAGGUGAUCUACGGCGACGUAGAGGACUCGGUGUGGCGUCAGAUCUCCGACGAGGUCCAAGUUCUCGGCCAAGUUGCUAACCCUAACUUGGUCAAGUGCCACGACAUGUUUGACUACAAAGGUGAGAUAUUUGUGCUUCUAGAAUUCAUGAACGGAGGUUCGUUAAAGGGGAAGCACAUCCACAAUGAGAAAGCUCUCUCUAAUUUGGCUAGGCAGAUCCUCACCGGCUUGGCCUAUCUCCACAGGCGGCGCGUCGCCCACCGCGAUAUCAAGCCGGCUAAUCUCUUGAUCAACACCCGAAAUGAAGUGAAAAUUGCUGAUUUCGUGGGAAGAGUGUUGGCGCAGACUAUGGACCCUUGUAACUCGUGUGUGGGGAACAUAGCCUACAUGUGCCCGGAGAGAAUCAACACCGAUCUCAAUCAGGGCCAGUUUAACGCCUACGCCGGCGAUAUUUGGAGCUUUGGGGUCAGCAUCUUGGAAGUUUACGUAGGUCGGUACCCCUUCCCUGUGGAUCGCUACCAGGAAGGAUCCUGGUCCAGCUUAGUUUGGGCAAUAAGUAUGUGUCAGCCUCCUGAAGCUCCUCCUACUGCGUCCACAGAGUUGAGGGAUUUUAUUGCUUGCUGUUUGCAGAGAGAGCCCCAGAAGAGAAAGUCGGCCGCACAGUUGUUGCAGCACCCAUUUAUCUCCGGCAAUGGAGGUUGAUAGACACAGGUUCAUCGGUAGUAGGUGCGUCGACAUGCUUGUAUUACGAAUUAUUGAUUCAAAUUUGUUUUUUUUUCUUGGAUGAAGAAGAUCGAUCGUGGAAGAACUGGCGAAAUGGGCGCUUUUAUCUUAGUUUACUGCUUAAUAGCGUUGUUAAUCAGUGUACUUAUUAUUCAACGUACUUGCAUAUAAACGAGAUAUAUUUCUGUCAUUAGUCAUUGAUAUUGUGAAUGCAUAUAUGGUUACCAGAAA